AACAAUGAGCUCAACACAGAAGGACCAACAUGGAGCGAGAAGUCAGCGCUCUCAGGAGGCCGACAAACCUCACAGAAGAAAGAGAGAGAAAAAACACACCUGUGACGAGUGUGGGAAGGAUUUUACUGGGAAGGCUGAACUAAAACACCAUCAGGUCAUCCACACUAGAGAGAGACCGUUCAGCUGUGACUUGUGUGGAAAGACUUUUUCCUGGAAGUGUUCCCUAAAACAACACCAACUCAUCCACAGUGGAGUUAAAGCGUACAGCUGUGAUCAGUGUGGCAGAGCUUUUACUCGCAGUAGCUACUUACAGAGGCAUCUAGUUACCCACUCUGGAAUUAAGGCAUACAGCUGUGACAUUUGUGGAAAAACCUUCAGUCAUACAGCGAGCCGAAAUAUACACCUACGCAUUCACACCGGACAUGAUGUGUACUGCUGUGAACAGUGUGGCAGACAGUUUACAACAGACACACAGUUACAACGCCACAUGUUUACCCACACUGAGGAACGACCUUAUAAAUGUGACCUGUGUGAGAAGACUUUUAAAGCUCCACGUCACCUGAGAAAACACCAACAGAUCCACACCAGAAAGAGACUCUACAAGUGCAGUUACUGUGAGAAGCAGAGCGACACAGAUGGAUCCAGUUCUCAACCCUGUCAUCACUGUGGUGGUGGGAAAAAGUUUCGUUGUGACCUCUGUGGAAAAACUUUCAUUCUUCAGCGAAGCCUAAAACUACAUCAACGUAGACACACUGGAGACAAACUGAACUACUGCAAGGAAUGUGGGAGAAGCUUCACCACAUCAAGUGACUUAAAACAACAUGAACUCAUUCACAGUGGGGUUAAAAAGCACCUCUGUGAUCAGUGUGGGUCAUCCUUCAUUACUGCAUGGAAGCUUAAACGACACAAACGAGUCCACACAGGAGAGAAACCAUACAAGUGCAGACACUGUGACAAAAGUUUCUCAUGUUCAGGUAGUCGUAACGAUCAUGAACAUACACACAUGGAAGGAAAGUACAGCUGUGACCAGUGUGACAAGACCUUGAAGAAUUUCAGUUCAUACUCCCAACACAAACGAUCCCAUGUUACUAAUAAACUGUUUCACUGUUACCAAUGUGCCAAAACAUUCACUAAAUUAUCUGCUCUGUGCAAACAUCAGCGUGAUCACUCAGGGCUGGAAUCACUCCCAUUACAGUGAAUCUGAAGAGACAGAAAGAUCCUCUUCUGGUUUCAGGGUCAGACUUAAAACCCUUGAGAUCAGGCUCCACAGAGUUCAGGGGUCCGUUCUUCGUACCUCACUAAGUAA